AUGCCACGAUAUAAAAAGAAGUUCAUUGAUAAGAAAAAUGCUAUCACUUUCCAUCUUGUCCAUCGAAGCCAACAGGAUCCCAUGUUGGUGUCUGAGGAUUCUCAGCAUGUUCUUUUACCUGCAGCAAAAAAUUUCAAAGAAGAGCAAAUGGAAGAACAAAGAAAAUUUGGUAUCUAUUUUGAUGAUGACUAUAAUUAUUUGCAACAUUUAAAAGAAGCAAAUGAAGCUUGUGUACUUGAAGGGGUUGAAACAUUUCGGUUGAAUACAACUGGACCACCUAAACCUUCCUCUGAGCAAAAAUUAUUGCUACCUUCCACAGUAUUUGCUUCUGCUGUGGAAACAAAUGUAGGAUUAUUAAAUAAAGCUGCUCCACAUUCAGGCCCCAAGAUUGAUUGGGAUCCUGACAUUGUAGCUGUACUUGAUGGCGACUUUGAUUAUGAUGACCCUGAAGGGACAUUGGAAGAUGAUUUCUUCGUCAAAGCCAAUGCGACCAAUGAAGGAGAAGAAUCUGAAGAUGAUGCUAAUUUGGAUAAUAGUUCAGAUGGAGCUUCAGAUGCUGCUGAAAUGUCUGAUGGGGCAUUGGAGGAAUAUUUCAUGGAAGAGGAGACGAAAUCAUAUUUCACAAAUUAUUCAAUGUCAUCAUCUGUUCUUCCUCGAAGUGAAGCUCUUGUGGACCUUGAUGAUCAGUUUGAGAAGUUUUUUGAGCAAUAUGAUGAAAGUGAGAUAGGUGCUUUGGAUUUUGAUAAUAUUGAUGGCAAUGUAGAUGACAAAUGUGAACAAAUGAAUAAACUUAUAAAAGAUUAUCAGGAGAGCAAAGCAGAAGGAAAAAUGGAUGAUAUUUUAAAGACAGUUACAGUGAAGACAGCUAAUAUCAGUGAUCUCUCAAGUAGUGAAGAAGAAGUAGAAGUUGAGGAGAAAGGAGAGAAAUGGGAUUGUGAAUCCAUUCUCAGUACAUAUUCAAAUUUGUACAAUCGGCCAAAAAUAAUUGAAGAGCCUCAAAAGGAAAAAAAGAUAAAACUAAAUCGUUUGGGAAUUCCAAAAGAAAGUUUUUCCAGACCCAACAGAUUGAUUAAGAAAGACUUGGAAGCUGUAAUGAAUUCAUCUGUUAUUUCCGAGUAUUCUUGUAGAGACAAAAGUGAAAGCAAAGAGGAAAAGAAAUGUCGGAAACUGGCAGUUAAGGAACAAAAAAAGGAACGGAGGAUUGAAAAAAAACUGAAUAAAGAAGCUUUCAAAGAUGCCUGCUUGAAGCAACAAAGGGAAAUUGCUAAUAUACAUAAAAACAUGAGAUCAAUGGUUAUAUCAUGA